AUGUUAAUUUUAAGGGCCACUAGGUGGCAGGCAUAGGCCACGGGGGACAUUGAGCAAAUUUAACACCUGAUUUUUGAGGAUGGUCAGAGAUUUAGAUGCUUCUAGGCUCAUUUUAAAAGGCUACCAAUUACUGUUUUUUGAUAGAAUUUAAAGGACUUUGAAUUAUAUGUAAAUGUUUUAAUGCUCUUAUCUUAUCUAUAAAUGGUCCACUGAGACAUCUGAGUAAGACAGGUGUACAAAAGACAAUCUUAGUUUAUUUAAAAACAGACAAAAAUGUAAUAAAAGCCAAGCAAAUACUGAAUAAACUGAAUGAGCAAAAGAUAGAUUUGAAGUGAGGGAUUGCUGUUGAUUAGACCAACUAAUAUUUGUAACAUACUGUACGCCAAACCUCAAAUCACAGUCAAAUGGUUAAAAGCAAAAUCUCAUCAUGAAAAACCACAUUGACAUUUGUCCAGUGCCCUUCCUCAGCCUCCCCUCUGCAGCGUGUUGGCAUUUCACCCCUCUGCUGUGCCAAUAUGUCCUCCCCCUCACUCACCAACUCUCUCUCUGUCUGAAGCCAAUCUGAUCUGCCCCUGGGCUUCUGUCGGCAGAAAGAGGUGAUAAACACCACAGCCAUGACAACCGGCGAGCCAGACACACGCCUGAGUUCCUGUAUCCUAAUGGAUUUACUUGGCAUCCUCUCCUCCUUUUAAUUCAUCAAGUCCAGCCUUCACCUGAGCUGAUAUUAAGACAUUCGGGACAGAUGAAGGCGGCGUGUGGUUCCACUACAGUUGAGCUGUCUCAUCCUCAUCUUUUAGCUGAUGGCAGAUCUCUCAAGAUAUGAGAUGAAACAGUGAAAACUCUAAGACUUACUCAUUGCUUAAAAUAUAGCUCUAUUAGUCACUGAAUAAAUAUUUCCUCAGUCUGAUUCAGGAGAAUCAAACAGAAAUGUUAGCAUAUUGAUUCCUCUGACUUGCUCUAAAGCAGCCAAGCAGAAAGUGAAAGUACUAAGCUGAUUCUCACAAACAUAUCAUAUUGAUUACUAAUGGAGCCCUUGAGAUAACGCUAGGAAUGAUGCACUUGCACCAGGCGUACAGUAGCUGCGCUGGUGUGAGUACGGAGCCAUUGCUUGGCUGAAAUUGCAAAGCUGUGGUAAUAGCAAGGAUAAGCAGCCUAUUAGAAUUGUGUGAAAGUGCCUUUACAUGCCUCGCCACAUGAAAACUUUCAGAGCGAAAUGGCAUGCUUGUGUUAGUGAUCAAUUGGACAGGCCUCUGCAAACCGUGAAUCUCCCCUUUAAUGCCAACACAUAUGGCCUUUUCAUGGUAUGGCAUAUUGUAUUAGCGUGGCUGCGACGUGAGCCGCCAUAAUUCCACGUUUCCACAUUCUCAGUGACUGAGUGCAAAUUGAGGUUCAGAUCGGGCACCUCAGGCCUCCCCAGAAAAAUGUGUCUGUGUGAAAACGCAAUGUAGAAUGCAGCCAGCUGAAUCAUUGUAGGUAUUAUGAAUUUGUCCCCGUCUGUCAGCUUGCUGUAGAGUCAUUGGAGGCAGCAUCAGCAAAGAGGUACAGAGUCUUUACCUUAACAUUCCAACGGGGCAAGAUUCCCAGAGCAGCUGAUUUGAAUCCUAAUUAAAACAGGAGAUUCGAUUAAUUAGCUCAGCGAUGUGUAUAUGCAUGUAUGCGUGCGUGCCUGUGCUGCAUGACUCUCUGAAUGUGGCAUGUGUGUGGGAGUCGGCAUGUUCUUGUGAGUCACGGUGUAUCUUGUGUGUAGUUAUGUUUAAUGAGGAGGGGGUGUUAUAUGCUUGUGUGUGUUUAUGUGUAUGGUCAUGCCUCUGGGUAAUCCUGUGAAUCACUGCUGUGUCUCUAACAUGUGUGCUCUUGUGUGUCUUUCAUGUCUCCCGGGAGGCUUGUCCUUGCCUGCAGUACUACUGUGUGAAUCAGAGUGCGGUGAAGGGCCAAUGCCGGGCUUUAGCCCCAGGCUGCUGAGCUGAGAGGGAGAAGCAGGAGGAUGCAGUGGGUCGCUCUGGCAGUGGCCCUGGGGUGUGUGUGUCUGUCCCGGGCAUCACACACCCCCACCCCUACCCCCACCUCCACACACACCCCUCUAGUGGAUAACUCCGAGGAGGAAGUGGACGAGCCAUGCUUCGAGCCGUGCACAUGCGAGGUCAAAGAAGGCGUGCUGCAUGUGCACUGCGAUGGGCGUGGGUUCACUAAUGUCAGCCAGGUGUCACAGUCGUGGGUCCGCCCUUUCAAACUCAACCUCCAGAGGAACUCACUGAGGCGUCUCUAUAGCAACGGGUUUCAGCACCUUGGCAACGCAGUGUCGAUAAACCUUGGCAACAAUGCACUCCAGGACAUCCGAGUGGGAGCUUUCAACGGUUUGGCUAAACUGAGACGCCUGUACCUCCACGAGAACAAGCUGGAGGUCUUCAGAAAUGAUACCUUCGCUGGCUUAGAGGCUCUGGAAUACCUCCAGGCCGACUACAACGUGAUCAAACGAAUCGACAGCGGCGCUCUGAGGUUCCUCUACAAGCUCAGGGUUCUCAUCCUCAACGACAACCUGAUCCCUGUCUUGCCUGCUCAUCUCUUCAGAUCUGUGUCUCUGACUCAUCUGGACCUGCGGGGAAACCGUCUGAAGAGCCUGGCAUAUGCUGGGACCCUGGAGUAUGUUGGUCGCUCCCUGAUGGAGCUACAGCUGGAGGAGAAUCCCUGGAACUGUGGCUGUGAGGCAGUGCAGCUACAGCAGUGGCUGGGUCAGAUCCCCUACACGGCUGUAGUCGGGGACGUUACCUGUGAAUAUCCCUUCCACCUUCACGGCAAGGACCUGAGAGAAAUCCCACGCAAGGAACUGUGUGCUGACCUCCCGGAUAAAGAGUUACAAGCAGAGGGUGGUGGUCAAUCAGCAGGAUCACAGCCCCAACAUUUGCCCCCAAACUCUAAACCCAACUCCCAGCCUGGGCGAAUCAGGCCAACUAAACCGUCCUCCAUGGUCCACGGCUCCCGCCAGAACACUCAUACCUCCUCGACUUCGUCAUCCUCUUCUUCAGCCGAGCGUAAAGACAGGGAGAGGCACCCGAGGCCCACAAAAAGGCCUCGACCCUCCAGAAUAUCCCCGACACCUCGCAGCCUGAUGCCCAACCAGAAUCCCCCCGUGGCUGGCUACCAAACUCGACCCCCCAUCCCUAUCAUUUGUCCCCUGGGCUGCACUUGCAACCUUCACAUCACAGACCUGGGCCUGACCGUCAACUGCAAGGAGAACGCCUUCCUCAAUGUGUCCCAGCUCACACCUCGGCCUCUCAAUGGACGCAAGCUGUACCUGAGUGGAAACUUAAUCCAGAGGAUCUAUCGCACAGACUUCUGGAAUUUCUCCAGCCUUGACCUGCUUCACCUUGGGAACAACCGCAUCUCCUACCUCCAGGAGGGGGCCUUCUCCAGCCUGACAACCCUGAGGAGUCUUUACCUGAACGGGAACAACCUGGAGAGGCUCAGCCCUCACAUGUUCCUGGGGCUGCAGAAUCUAAGGUACCUUUAUUUUGAGUACAACGAGAUCCGUGAGAUAGAUCCUGGGACCUUCGACUCCAUGCCGUCCCUCCAGCUGUUGUUCCUCAAUGCCAACCUGCUGCGGAGCCUCCCUCUCGGUGUGUUUUCUGGAGUUAAUCUGGCUCGCCUCAAUCUGAGAAACAACCACCUUCUGCAGCUUCCUAUGGUGGGCGUGCUGGAGCACCUCACCGGACUGGUACAGGUGGACCUGCAGCAGAACCCGUGGGAGUGCAACUGUGAAGCAGCUCCACUGAAGCGUUGGCUGGAGGGGCUCAGUGCGGUGGUGGUGAUGGGAGAGGUGGUCUGCCAUUCCCCGGAAAAGACCAAAGGUGUAGACCUCCGCUCCCUCUCCAUGGAGCUGCUCUGCCCUGAGCUGGAGCCCCAGGAGGACCAGGAGCAGAAGGAGCAGACAGCCACCUCCACAGCCGCAGACAGCAGUGUGUCGGUUGGCUACCCCGGCCCUGGGCUGGGGCCCCUGAUCCCUCCGGGGAAGGAUUCAAUCCCUCUGUCGGUGUUAGUGCUCAGCCUGCUGGUGUUGUUUGUGUCUGCAUUCUUCGCGGCAGCGGCACUAAUCGCCUACGCCCUAAGGAGGAGGGACAAGCUGCCGUUCCGUCGCCAGGGAGAGGUAGACUUGGCUGGCAUCCAGAUGGAGUGUGGAAUCUUUACCGAGCAGACACACCACCACCACCACCACCACCACCACGGCCUCCCAGAGACGCCGCCUUUACCUCCGCCCGAACACAACCAUGUCUACGACACCAUCUUGCCCCCAGAGGCUGCGUCGAAAGGUCCGGACACUAAUGCAGCCUCACACAUAUGUAGCAACCCCAUCUACAAAGAGGAACAGGAUGCAGCGGUGACACAGCGACCACAGCAGCAGCAAACAUUCACAGCUUCCAAAGAGAGUGGGGCAGGGUACUGCUCUGCAGCAGAGAAGGAGAGGGAGUGGACUCUGGAGGUGUCCUCAUCACCCAUCAACACCGUUACAGGAGCAAUGGGGCCACUCGCCGGCCUCCACGGGAACGGCAUCCUCUGCCCCACAGUGAUCGACAGCCAGGGCCCCACCCCUAAGGUCGAACUGGUGGACUGCCUCUUCAGACUCCCUGCCCCCGAAUUCAGAGACCUGCCAGACAGGUAUGCGAGGCCGCCGCCGCGCUACCCUCACCCCCAGGACUCCAAACAGGAUGCCAGACCCGAUCAAACGCUCGUGGUCACCACCGCCAGCUCCGCAGCAGGGGGUAGUAACAGCAGCCAGAGUGAGCAGGCAGCUGGAGAGCAGAGAGCCAGACUGAGGACCACACCAGAUUACAUGGAGGUGCUGGACCGCUCUUACCAGUUUUAACACUACUCUUCCCCCUCCCCCUCUUCCUGCUACCCCUCUUCUCUUGUCUCCUCAUCAUCUCCCUCUCUGGUGAUGAAUCAUCUAGUGACUCCUGUACACAGGCUGGCGUGGCUUUGAGAGGAGCCUGUGGGGGAGCAGGACUACGCUACACACCAUGUUUAUUCCUGGAUAAGGAGCUGAGGUCAGUUUUUGUAUUUUCCCCACUACUGGCGUAUAGGUUGGUAUUUGGCAAGGAUUAGCUGAUCCCAGAAAUCUGCCUGGAGGCGAAACUUCAGCUGCAGCUACUACAGAAUUUUUUCCUCCAUUACGCCUCACAGUCGUAAAAGUACUAAAGCUCCCCUUUUUCUACUCAGCGCCACAAUGAACGGGAGACAGUGUGGUAUGGGUGGUGUCAGUGGGCGUUAAUGUUCAUAUUAUCACUCUCAAAAGACCUGCGUGGAGGUGAAACACACCAGCUCUUUGCAACAUCAACCAUAAGAGUCAUAAACAGUGACAGCCAGAAGGUGUGGAGCUAGCUGGGCGGACCUGUAAGAUGGAGAAACGACGAGACAAAGUGAGAGGGAGAGAAAUGACUGAAAACAGCCAAGUGCCUUAGCAAUGAACAGCCAGCAGUGUGGUCAAUGCUUAUUUUUCUAUGAAUACAGAUAUAUUUAUCUAAACAAAGAGGUUUGUACCAACGGAUGGGACGCUGAUGGACGACUGAGACUGAAACCAAUCAAAGCCGCCGAAUAAUUGCAUUCCCUGGAUGAACCAAAAAUAAUAAUAUACCCAGUCGAUAUUGGAGUUGUUUGUAUGCAGUUCAGUUCAUUUUCAUCUCAUCCAGUUAACUUAAUUUGCUUAUCCAGUUGGAUUUUUACAGGGCUAGAUGAGGGACUUAUCCAGGAAUAGUUGGUUCGCUGUGUGAAAUGAUAAAAUAAAAGGUUCUGGUUUUAUGGAGGAAAGGAUACAGAGAUUAUUUUUUUUAAUGCAAGACAAAACAAAGGAAGGCCGACAUACAGAAGGACAUUGUGGCAAUGGAUGCAUUCUGGAUUUCUUAAUCAGACAGACUUAAUGUGGCCACGAGGACCUCUGCUUCACGUUUUCUUUCAUUGGACAAAGGCACAGAGGUUAUUGUAUUGAUUUUUAAGUAUUUCUCAGAGGAAAAUUGAAUGGCAAAAAAAGGACAAAAAAACAGGACACGAAGGCUUUUUUUUUUUGUAAAAAAAAAAAAAAAAGACAGAACUUCUAUCAACUACCGAUUAUUAUCUUUUACAGAGGUACAUUUUUAUGCUUUCAUCUCCUACCAAUAGUAGAGGCAGUUGUGAAUAUAUUUAUUCUUAGUUUUUGCGUGUUGAAGCUCUCCUGUAAGGGAUCAUGUUAUAUUAAUGUAUAGGAUGAUUCUGCAUCUGGUUCAGCCUUCCUACCGCCGACCCACAAAAUACAAUAAAGGGUGCUACGUAAAGAAAACCU